AUGUACAAGUGCAGGACAAUUUCUAAAAUCUGGAAAACUUGCGAAAGAUCGGUAGGAAUGUCGGCAACGUCAUCAAAUGUCAAGGUGAAUCAGCCAAAAUGGCGCCAGCCUCAAGAGCCUGAGGGAGCUCCAAGGUUAAAGCUAUAUAACAGUUUGACACGGCAAAAGGAGGAUUUCGUUACCAUAUCUGGGGACAAAAACGUUACUUGGUACUCCUGCGGGCCUACGGUUUACGAUUCGUCUCAUAUGGGGCAUGCGCGGAACUAUGUAUCGAUCGACAUCAACAGGAGAAUCCUGCAAGACUACUUUGGCUAUCGUAUCCGCUUUGUGCAGAAUGUUACCGAUGUCGAUGACAAAAUCAUUUUGAGGGCGAGACAGUCGCAUCUUUUUGAAAGGUUCGCGGCUGAGAACAAAGAAGUCACACCUCUAAUCCAGGAAAAAGUCAAUUCUGCGCUUUUCGCCUAUAUAGAAGCCAACUUGAAAAAAAGCUUUUCCUCAAUUGGUGAGUACAAGGCCUGGUUCAGCUCUCUCGACAUAAGCAAAGAGAAAGAGGCCAAUCCAAAGUUCGCGAUGUACACGUCCGCAGUAAGCGACUGUAUCACGGCUUUAGAGGGGACAAAUGAUGCCGAAACUUUCCUUGGUCUUGUAAAGGAAGUACUUAUUCCCGUGCUGGAUAAGGAAUCGGGUAGCACCAUCAAUGAGCCCGAAAUAUUUCGCAAGUUGCCUGCUUUCUGGGAGAGAGAAUUCAACAAAGAUAUGGCCGCUUUGAACGUAUUGGAACCUUCUGUCACGACUAGGGUUUCGGAGUAUGUUCCUGAAAUUGUUGAUUUCGUUAAAAGAAUUAUAGACAAUGGCUACGCUUAUGCUACUGGCGAUGGCUCCGUUUACUUCGACACGGUGGCAUUCGACAAGUCUGAAAAGCACGACUAUGCUAAGUGCCAGCCUUGGAAUAAGGGCAAGCUCGACCUGAUCAACGACGCGGAGGGAUCGCUCAGUAACUUUUCUUCCACAAAUGGCAAACGCUCGAGCAACGAUUUUGCUUUGUGGAAGUCUUCUAAGCCAGGAGAGCCGGAAUGGGAUUCGCCAUGGGGGAAGGGUAGGCCAGGUUGGCAUAUCGAAUGUUCUGUUAUGGCUUGUGACGUUUUAGGUCCAAACAUUGAUAUCCACACCGGCGGAAUUGAUCUUGCGUUUCCACACCACGAUAACGAAAUCGCGCAAUCAGAAGCAUUUUAUGAUAACCACCAGUGGGUGAACUACUUCUUGCAUACUGGCCAUUUGCAUAUCGAGGGCCAAAAAAUGUCAAAGAGUUUGAAGAACUUCAUCACAAUUGGUGAAGCUUUAAAGAAGUAUAGUGCGAGACAGCUAAGAUUGGCUUUCAGUUCCGCACAGUGGAACAGUCAGCUUGAUUUUAAGGAGGUCUUGCUUGUUGAAGUUAAAUCCUUAGAACAGAGCUUUAACAACUUUUUUAGAAACGCCCGGGCCCUGAAAGCUGACUUGGCCCAUAGGGAGGAUAUGGGACAACAUGUCUCAAAGAAACUUGGCGACAAAGAAAAAAGUUUGCUGACAGAAUUAGCCGCGUUCCAAGACAAAGUCCACAAUGCCUUCUGUGAUAACUUGUCUACACCUGUUGCAUUGAAAUUCCUAAGUGAGCUGGUGACCAAGGCUAACCUUUAUAUCUCUUCUGCGGGCUCUGACAUUAGAAUUGAGCCUCUCUUGGAAGUUGUGAGGUACAUCACUAAAAUCCUUGAGGUUAUUGGAUUUCCUUCACGUGACGACCACCUUGGUUGGUUAGAUGAGGCUGGUGGUCAGUCGCAAACUGGUGAGAAUCGUGAAGAGUUGCUCAUGCCUUAUGUUAAAUGCUUGUCGAACUUCAGGGACGACGUCCGCCGUUUGGCCAUUGAUAAAGCUUCUAGUACUGAGUUCCUGAAACUCACCGACCGUGUCCGCGACAACGAUAUAUUGGACCUCAAUGUAUCGAUCGAUGAUAGGAGUGACCAAGCAUCCUUAGUGAAAUUCCUAACCAAUGAUGAGAAGGAGGAAUACAAGAAGCAGAUAAUGGAGAAGGAUCAACGUCAAAAAGAGAAAGAGGCAAAGAAGAAGGAGCAGGCCCGUUUAAGGGAAGCUAAGGAGGCAGAAAGGCGCCUGAAGGCCCAGUUGUCACCCAAUGAAAUGUUCCGGAAUUCCGAACUAUACUCCGUAUGGGACGAAGAGGGACUUCCUUUGAAAGAUAAAGAUGGUGUUGAUAUUACCAAAUCCAUGUUGAAGAAGUUGAAAAAGCAAUGGGAGCAACAGAAAAAGCUGCAUGAAGAAUACUUUGGUUGA